UCGUUCAUUUGUGUUUUAAACUUUGACGAGUUCACAUCGUGAGCAGCAAAAAAGCCAGCCGAAGUAUAUUAUUAUACAAAUAACCUCUCUAAGUCAAGACCACAGUCUCUUGUUAAUAUUUAACAAAAAAGAAAAAAUUAUUUAAAAAAUAAUUUAUAAAAAUCUUCGGAAAAACUAAGAUUACCUUAGAGUAUUUAUAUUAAUUAGUUUCUGACAAAAACAACAAAAAAAAAACAGUUACAAAAUGAGUUCAACAGAAAACAAUGCUGAAGUCGCUGUCGAGAAGCAGGUCGAUGCCGUCGAAGCCGAGGAAAAGACAGAAAAAGCCGAAGUCAAGGGAGCUAAGCGGCCGGCUGAGGAUGUGAAAGAAGACACAAAGAAAUCAAAGAAAGAAGAAAAUGGUGACGGUGAAAAUGACGAAGAAGUCGGAGACGAAGAGGACGUUGAGGAAGAAGAAUACGACUUACCUUACGGCGAAGACGAAGAUAUCGAAGGAGAAGAUGAAGAAGAGGAAGAUGGCGAUGAUGACGACGGCGUGGAAGAAGAAGAAGAAGCGUAAUUUGCAUAACGUCCCCCUCCCCCCAAAAUUAAUUAAUUAAUAAUGUAAUUUUAAUUUAACACAAAAAAAAAACAAAACAAAAAAGUAUAAAAAAACCUAAAAAAAAAAAUUAAAAUCUUCAGUAAAUAAAUGAUUAAAGUAAUUGAUAAAGUAAUAAAAUAAAGAAAAUCCCACACAACAAAAAACUACAACUCUACUAUUAUUAUUAUUAUAUUAUAUAUAAUUAAAAUAAUUAAAUGAUGGCGUAAAAAUGUGCAGUGACUGAAUGAAUACAAAAAAAAAAUAAUAAUUACAAGAUGAAAAAAAAUUACAAAAA